AUGAUGGUUACCGGGUUUAAAGAUACCGAUGAUGAUUACCUGUUGAAAGAUACCGAUGUUGGUUACCGGUUGAAAGAUAUCGAUGAUGAUUACCGGUUCAGAGAUACCGAUGAUAUUGUAUGGUUAUGCCUGAUUUGGUUACCCAAUGCUCGAAUGCUGCUUGCUUUGUGCUAUGUGGGUUCUGGCCACCUUCAACUAGCUAAGGAACGGAUAUGUAACAGUAUCAGCAAGUUAGUUAGGGGGAAGUGGUGGGGACUCCUAUUGGAGCUGAUGGCGGAGGGUAGGUCGGAGAGUGCCCUAGGAAAACCUAGGAUGAGGUCAGUGGAAAGGGGUAUCGGUGAAGUCGAAGCAGUCCUUGAGGAAAGCAUGGAUAGAUGUGGAAGCAUGGUGACCACACGACAUGGAGCAGGAGGUUCCGGAUCAGGAUCAGGAUCGGGGUCGGGUGUAGGAUCUGAGCAGGUUGAUGACGGGCUGCGCGAGUUCAUCGCGUCUGAGAUCACGAGAGGCAUUCUUGAGUCGACCCCGGUCAUUUUUGGGUCGCUCAAGGAAGGGAUUGUUGAGCUGAUGGAGGAUCACCUCGGGGCAUUCAGGAGUGAUAUGGUGUCUAGCCAGACGAGUACGCGCACACUGUCCUUUAAGGACUUCCGAGGGAGCGGUGCAUCGGAUUUCCAUGGGGUGAAAGACCCCAUUGCUGCUAGGAGAUGGAUCGCAGACAUCGAUUCUGCGCAGCUGACCAGCUUCUGCCCUGAGGGGUCGAAGGUGAGAUAUGCAGCAGGGUGUUUGAGAGACAGAGCUAGAGAUUGGUGGGAGUCUGUUGGUGACUCAUUGGGAGCCUCGGCUGUUGAGGCUAUGACCUGGUCACACUUUGUGACCAGAUUCAGGGCGGAGUUUGCGCCAGCUGUGGAGCUUCAGCAGCUGGCGAGAGAUUUCUUGGACAUGAGACAGACUACGGAGACUGUGGCGGAGAUCACCGCCAAGUUCUGGGAGAGGGCAUUGUUGGUGCCCCAGUAUGCGGGUGACGAGGACAUGAGGAGGACCCGCUACCAUGAUAUGUUACGAGCUGACAUCUGGGAGCAUGUCAGUUUCUCAGCUUACCCUACCCUGGAUUCCAUGAUUGCCAGGGCUAGGGAGAGGGAGAUUGAUCUGGAGCACAUCUGUAAAAGGAAGGCAGCGGAGGGGCUGACGACGGGGGCUUCGGGGAAGAAGCCCAAGGGAUCCGAUGGUAGGCCGAAAGGCCAUUCUGGGCGGGACCGAUGUGGGAAAUGUGGUCGGUCACACGAGGGAGCUUGCCGUACUGGGUCGGAUUCAGGCUGCUAUAAGUGCGGCAAGGUUGGGCAUUUUGGCAGAGAUUGUACCGCCCCUACUCCUGCGGUACAGAUGACAGACCUGAUUUGCUUCCAUUGCAAUCAGAGGGGCCAUAAAAAGACCAACUGCCCGAGAUUGUCAGCAGCGGCGCCAACAGUGGCGCCGGUCUCAGCGACAGCGCGGGUUGCAGAUUGCCCGAAGGCCCGAAGGCCAAGACAGAGGCUCCAGUGGUGCGGAGCCGAGCAUUUCAGAUCGUUCCAUGUGAACGGUAUCCCAGUUCAGUUAUUGUUUGAUUCGGGUGCCACGCGAUCAUUUGUCUCUCUUGCGCUUAGCAAGAAGUUUCCUGAGUCUUCGGGCAUGCUGGAUUGCCCUCUAGAGGUCGAGAUUGCGGACGACCGGUCGGUACGAGCGUCGGAGGUUUACCGAGAUUGCGUCCUACGACUGUUUGAGGAGUGUUAUCUGGUAGAUCUGGUUCCCAUACCUUUGCGGGGGAAUAAGGUUAUUAUCGGUAUGGAUUGGCUGAGCCCCAACGGGGCAGUGAUUGACUGUGCGCAGCAGUUGGUGCGGAUCAGGACCCCAAGUGGGGGAGAGCUGGUAAUUCAGGGUGAGAGGCCACUGCGAGGACCAGCUUUAUGUUCAGCAGCGAGACCUAGGCGUUACCUCCAGCAGGGUUGUGCAGGUUAUGUCGCCUAUGUUAUGGAUACCCGGGAGGCGGGUAGGGCGACGGUGGGCGAUGUGCCCGUGGUGCGAGAGUUCGCGAACGUAUUCCCCGAGGAGCUGCCUGGGAUACCUCCGGAGCGACAGGUGGAGUUCAGGAUCGACCUAGUCCCUGGUGCGGCUCCGAUAGCCAAGGCACCGUAUCGGUUGGCUCCUCCCGAGAUGCAGGAGUUGUCUACACAGCUGCAGGAGCUGUUAGACAAGGGAUUCAUUAGACCGAGUAGUUCUCCCUGUGGAGCCCUGAUUCUGUUCGUGAAGAAAAAAGGACGGGUCGCAUCAGAUGUGUAUAGACUAUAG